AUGGGUGGCGUAAGUUUCCCUUCUAUUCGCGCUUCCCCCGUGGUUAAACGAGCGCUAACCCCCUACAGGAUCUCAAUCUCAAAAAAUCCUGGCAUCCUCACCUCCUCAAGAACCAAGAGCGCGUCUGGCAGGAGGAGAAAAAGGCCCUAGAAGAGCGCAAGCGCAUCGACCAAUGGCGCAAAGAACGGGAAGAGGAGCGCCAGCUCCAGGAGCUCCGGCAGUUACAAGCUGCCGCUGGUGGCAAACAGGCUGUUGACCGGGUGGAUUUUUUGAUUCUGGCCCUUCGCAGGGGAUGGAUAGGACUACCGAGGAGAUGGAGGGAUAUUUACUUGGGAAGCGCAGGAUUGAUGGACUGCUGAAAGGGGGGGAUAUGGAUGUUUUGAAGAAGGAUGCUGGUGUCGGUGUUGGUGCUGGGCCGGCGGCGGCGGCUACGGGCCCAAGUGCGGCGGCGGGGGGGUUGCCGGGCGUAGCUAAUGUCAAAGAUAUUGCGAAUAAGGUUCGGGAAGACCCGCUGUUGGCGAUUAAAAGACAGGAGCAGGCCGCGUAUGAGGCAUUUAUGAAGGACCCUGCUAGGAGGAGACAAUUGAAGGAGGCUAUCGGCGGCAAGUCUGGGGAUAAGAGCAAGAAGAGGGAGAAAGACAGGGGUGAUCGGAGGCAUAGGAGUAGGCAUGACGAUCAUGACGAUGAUAAGAGGGGUCGUCGUGAUGGGCACAGACGGGAUGACGAUGAUAAGAGGAGUCGUGAUGAUAGACAUAGACGGGAUGACGAUAGGCGUAGGCGGGAUGACGAUAGAGGCCGACGAGACGAUGAUGGCGAAAGGAUCAGCCAUAGGGAUAGGGAUAGGGGUAGGGAUAGGGAAAGGGACUGGGAGAGUGACAGGGACAGAAGACAUCGCCACCACCAUCGCCGGAGAAGAUCCACAUCCGACGACUACUCUCUACCCCGCUCCCGAAGUCCCCCCGCUCGCCGCCACUCUCCACACCGCCCCUAUUCUCUUCGCCACCGUGUUCCAUAUCCUCCCCCCAACCGAAGAUCACCUCCCUCUUCCUACCACCAUGACCCAGAACCGACAGGACGCCCAGCAGACAACAACGAUACCCAGCGCGCCCAGAAACUCGCGAUCGCGGAAAUGGUGACCAAUGCCUCACAAAUGAACGCCGACAGGGCGAAACGUCUGGCGGAAUUGGCGAUCAUGGAAAAAGUGGAGCUGGAAGCCGAAGAGAAGGCUCGCAUGCGGAGCUCAAAACUUGGUGGUAAGGGGGAGUUCCUCACGGGGGUUAAUAGGAAGGUUGGGGACUUGGAUCUUGGGGAGAGGGUUCGGAGAGGGCGCCAAACGCUUGUUGCCGAGAGGGAGGAUUGA